UCUCGGUUCGUCCUUCCCUUUCUCCUGCUUCCCCCCAACACACAGCUACACUAGCAGGCUGGAGGGGUCCCCGGCAGCACCGCACGCAACACACUGACAGCUGCGACUGACUCACAACCGAGGAGGGGAAAAGAUGGAGCACAGAGACACCGACUUCAGCAUAUUGCUAGCGACCGAUUCAUACAAGGUGACGCAUUACAAACAGUACCCCCCCAACACGAGUAAAGUGUACUCCUACUUCGAGUGCCGCGAGAGGAGGACCGACCCCACCAAAAACAGAAAAGUAAAAUAUGACAAGACCGUCUUCUACGGCCUCCAGUACAUCCUCAACAAAUACCUGAAAGGAAAGGUCGUGACCCCGGAGAAGAUCCAGGAGGCCAAGGAGGUAUACAGAGAACACUUCCAGGAUGACGUCUUCAACGAGAAGGGCUGGAAUUACAUUUUGGAGGUAUUUUGGAAAACACUUUUUUUUUUUUCAAGAAUGGGUUUAUUGAGGAAAAAGCUGGUGGGAGGUAUACAGGUGUACAUAUUACUCACAGCUGUGCCAUCUCCGACCACAUUGCUGAAUGAGCUCUCGAGCUGGAAUUCUGCGGAGCAUAAUGAUGUUAUCUGCUGUUCCCUCUGCAGUACCAUCACAGCAUGGGGGAAGGACCAUGAAAAGGACGCCUUCGAGCACAUCAUCAAGCAGUUUUCCAACGUGCCCGUAUCCAUCGUCAGCGACAGCUACGACAUCUACAACGCCUGCGAGAAGAUCUGGGGAGAGGACCUGCGGGCGCUGAUCGUGUCGCGCAGUUCAGACGCCCCGCUGGUGGUCCGACCCGACUCGGGGGACCCGCUCGACACGGUUCUGAAGGUUUUGGAGAUCCUGGGUAAGAAGUUUCCUCCAGUGGAGAACUCCAAAGGUUACAAGGUGCUGCCUCCUUACAUCAGAGUCAUACAAGGAGACGGAGUCGAUAUCAACACACUGCAGGAGAUAGUGGAGGGCAUGAAGCAGCACAAGUGGUCCAUUGAGAACAUUUCUUUCGGGUCCGGAGGGGCUCUUCUGCAGAAACUGACCAGAGAUCUGCUCAACUGCUCCUUCAAAUGUAGCUAUGUGGUCACUAAUGGACUGGGGGUGAAUGUGUUCAAGGACCCGGUGGCCGACCCCAACAAGAGGUCAAAGAAAGGUCGCCUGUCUCUGCACCGGACGCAGAGCGGUGACUUUGUCACCCUGGAGGAGGGCAAGGGCGACCUGGAGGAGUACGGCGCGGACCUGCUGCACACGGUCUUUCAGAACGGGAAUAUCGUGAAGACGUACACGUUUGACGAAGUCAGAGAAAAUGCUCAGGUCAAAGAGAGUGAGCUGGAAGUAUGGUAUUAACCCCCCCCCCCCCCAAAAAAAAAAUAACCCCACUCCCCUCAACCCUUCACCUUUUGGCCUCCGACGCCCACCUCAGAAAAUGGAGGCGGUGUGCACUGCUAAUAGAUCCCCACUUCCAAAGCUUGAGAUUCCCCCCCGAAACGUUCCUAAAAAACCGUGAGACCCCCUUAAACCCCAUCAAUCUUCCGCGUCAAAUUCCAAAGGGGGCGGGGGGGGGUCCAGUAAGCGACAGAGGGGUAGAGGUUGCGAAUAUGAAGACGAGCCGUGCGUUCACUCCCAUGUGCCCAAAUAGAACUUUGCCGUGUUGCACUGACAGGGCCCCGACAUAUCGUAACGUUAGAACGUGAUUGGCUGUUGAUUCCAUGCGGAGUGAACCCACGGCGAGUCAAAGUGAGAAUGAUGAUGAUGGAGAGCCACGCCACUGACCGUGCCCCCCCUUGAAUUGUGUACAGUACUGUUUAAAAAAAUUAAGGGAAAAAAAACUACAUUUCUGAAUCUACUUAGCUUUGUCUCUUAUGUGAAGGAUGGUAUACUACGGCUGUAAUUGUAGAGGAUGAAAGAAUUUAUUUCCCCCAAUGUUCCGGCUUUUAAUCAGAGGUCAGGGCCCAAACUAUAAACAUCUAGCGAGUACUACCUGAAUAUUUUGUACCGUUACUCCGCCAAAUACAAUAUUCUGGGUGCAUCACUGAAGGUAUAUUAAUGAUCAUCUACUUGCCGUUAUGUUGGCCACAGAGCAUUCACAUCGUGAAGGUCCAACCACACUGCAAAGUCUGCUCACGUGGAUUUAGCCUCAAAGUGAUUAAUUUUUAAUGUUUGUUUUGAAUUUCAGAUUGUUCACGUAUGUGUACUGCUCUAGCAUUUGUUAAAAUAAUUUUAAAAAGCCCUAAAAUCUUUCCAAAGUUACAAACGUUUCCGAUUGGGUCUUCACGAUGGCGAAUGCUCUGGAAACUUUUGCUGAUAAGACAAAGGGUUGAUGUAUAAAAAAAAAAAAUAAAAAAAAAUUUGAACGGACAUUGUUUUCACUGGAAUGAAGAUGAUCUAACUGUGUUUAUGAAAGAUUCUGUGGCUCCUGAAAUGUUAAAUGUUGUGUGUGUGUGUGUGUGUGUGUGUGUGUGUGUGUGUGUGUGUGUGUGUGUGUGCUGCCAUUCUCUUCCUUUAAAGGAUUGUGUAGUAUUCCUUUAUGCAAAUCUUCUCGUUGACAGGGGGAAUAGAGAACACUUCCUUUUCGCCGGCCUUGUAUUCUGAAAGGACACAGAGUUGUGACAAACAGGUGGCGAUAAAGUAGUGAGUGUGUUUUGUAGAAAAAGCAACCAAGAGGCAGAAAAGUGAGACUCGGGAUCAGGAAUAACUUUGUGACAGCGUUGUACCGCCCGUGCUUUGGCACAUUGGUGGUGCAGAGUUGCUGAUCAAGCAAAACGUUGCCCUUGGUAUCACUGCCUUAACUCGUAUAAAGCAGCUGUGUUGUUGUUGUUGUUUUUGGAGAAGCUUAAAUGUGCCCAGUGAUGUUUGGAUUUAUUGCCCAGGUAGAAACGGGGUGUUGCUGAUAAAGCCUUUUGGAGUUGAUUAUCUUCCCGCUCAGAGCAUCUCAGUGUGUGACGGUGUGUUUAGUCACACCGCUGAGGGAUGAGGGAUUUAGGAGGUGCUGGGAGCUGGUGACAUCACAGAAAAACAAAUGGUUUAAGACUAGAAACUAAAUAUUUGACUAAAUAUUUUAAGGUCAGGCAGUGUCCCUUCCCGCCUAUCUAAAUUCAAAUGUGUCUACAUUUCUGGUCUAUGACUAAAUACCUGCAAAAAUGAACAAAAGUCCCCCUGUUUGCGCAUUUAAUUAGCAAAGUUUUAGCAUGCUAACAU